GAUGGUGCUCAUGCUUCCCCAAAUUUUUCUUCCUUGUAAUUUCUCACAACAACAAUCAUCUUCAACGAUUAUAUAUCAUCAUUUCCCUCACAUUUUAUAAUUAUCUCCAUAUUUAUAGAAAUUACUCCUAAUUCUACAGAUUUAAGACAGAAUGAGAAGCCUACAAGCAUCCACCUCGUACACCACCAGUCUGAGCUCCGCAGUUCCAUCUGUCGCUAAUUACUCUCCUCGUACCCUGCAUCACCGCCACGUCAUCUCCGCCAAAGGUGAGCCAACUGAGAAGUCUGUUGAGAUCAUGAGGAAGUUUUCCGAACAGUAUGCUCGUAGGUCUGGCACCUAUUUCUGUGUUGACAAGAGUGUCACUUCGGUAGUUAUCAAGGGCUUGGCAGAUCAUAAAGAUACAUUGGGUGCACCACUUUGCCCUUGCAGGCACUAUGAUGACAAGGCUGCAGAGGCUGUGCAAGGUUUUUGGAAUUGUCCUUGUGUUCCUAUGAGAGAGAGGAAGGAGUGCCACUGCAUGCUUUUUCUCACCACCGACAAUGACUUCGCUGGUCAGGAUCAGGCCAUUUCCUUGGAAGAAAUUAAAGAAACAACAGCAGGCAUGUAGGGAAUCAAUAUAUGCUAAUCACUAUUUGAGGAAACUUGGUUUGUAUGUAUACAUACUUGUAUUCUAGUGAUAAAUUUAUCCAGCAUCA